UACAUACAAAGGGCAUUUGAUUAAUUUCGAACUCAAUUCAAUAUCUAAGGCGGGAAAUUCUUUGCGGGCCACCUUCCGUAUAAGUUUCCCUACCACCUAGAUUGGAAGUGGCCUAAGUUGUAAUCACCUUAGGAAAUGCUAUUGCCAUAUGUGACUGGGUUACCAGGAAGUCGCAUUGUGAAUAUAGGAAAUCGGGGUUGUGGCAGAAAGGCGGGUUAACCUUAUUCAUUUUGGUUACGAGGUAAACUCAUUUCAAUUUUUACCUCGAAAUGUCGUAUGAAACUGGGCGUGCCCCAUAUGGAUACGAACAGGGUCGCUACGAGUCUUAUAAACCAAAUGAAGAUAGAGGGCAAUCCCGCGAUUACAGUAACAACUUUGAACGAGACCAAAGUCGCGAUAUGAAGCAGGGCCGACAAGAUUCGAGAGAUAGGAGAGAUCCCCGCGAGCCCAGAGGACCUCCACGGAGUCCCCACCUGAAUAAGAAGGGUAGGAUGGACUCACCAAAGAGACUUCACAUAGAUACGAAGGUUAUCGAUAGACCUAGAAGGUCAUCGUCGUCAACUCAGUCUUCUGCUAGUGCGUUUAGUAAUAUCCCUAUUGAACCAGCUGCCAAUAGAGCUGGAAGAUCUAACACAAAUAACCUACCAAGUUCUACAAGUACGCCUACUAUUCCAAAAGCGAAAGAUCCUAAAGUGCAGGAUGUUUUUGACGCUGUUUAUCAAUGGAACAAGAUACUAGAAAAGCGCAAUUUCUUGAAGUUGCAAAAUUAUAAGCUUUUAAACGAGAACCAGAAACGUCAAGCGGAACUUAGUAAGAUCGGCGGUAAAGUUGAUGACUACGCACCAUAUCUCGAAUUCAAACAACGGUUUGAAACAAGCGGGAAGGCGGAGCGCGACGAUAUCUCCAAGCAACUUGGCGAACUCGACGAUCAAUGUGCGGAAAAUCUGGAAAGAGUUGUCUGCGCGCUAUCGUCCCACACGCCCAUCAAUCCACAGGCAGCGGUCCAGACGGCGUCGGUAUCGAAGCUUGAGGUCGAAUUCGAGAAAUUUCGGAACCAAAAUUCUGAUCAACAAAAGCAAAUAACCCAGUUGAUGAACAGCCAGGAGAACUCCAGCAAGGCUUUCGUCGCAUUAAAUCAAGACUUUACCAACUUGAAAUCCAGGCAUAUCGCUCUCGAGUCUCAACACAACACUCUCGAGUCUCAACAUAACACCCUCGAGUCCCAACACACCAUUCUCGCGUCUAAAUACACUGCUUUAGAGUCUAAUUAUACUACUCUCGAGUCUAAUUAUGCCUCUCUAAAAUCCGAAAACUCGGAACUUAGACAGCAAGUCGCAGACUUCAAUCUUACUAAAGAUUCCGUUAAGCGAGUUGAGAAUGAGUUGGACAGGUUAUCUAAGGAGUCGCUCUCAUUCAAGAGUCGGAUAGAUGAUGUGGAGAGCAAAGUGCAUGGUUGCAUAGAGAAAGCUGAAGAUCUCGACAUGGAGACGUACAAUGAGAUUCUUGAAAUGUGGAUUAACCAUGAUUUCAAAAACAAAGUCCCCUCUCAUGAGACAUCAAUCACAUCCCUACGUCAAUCUUUCCAAUCUUUCCAGGAAUUGGUCAAUUCCCGGCUCGACAAGAGUGAAACAUUGACUCAGGGGAUAGGAACGUCUCUUCAGGCCUUAGAAACAACACGAUACGUUACACCUCACACAGAGGUAACCAAGGCAUUUGUUGAAGAAAAGUGCAAUUCUGUAAUCGAGGUCACACAGAAGGUGGCUGCUGAUUCUGGUGAUGUCUGCGCCGAGAUGGUUGAUGAGGUGAGACUUCGGGUCGACAAUCUUCAAUCAACUGUCAAUACGUUAAGUCUGGUGAUGGUCCCCUCAAAAGAUCCUGAUGUGGCGGCGCGAAUUGACGCCCUACGGCAGACUACGGAUCAGCUAAGUCAGAAUCUGCGCCGCUCUGAGAACCGCAUUGAGUUUAUAGAGGGCCAAAGGCUUGGGGGGAAAGUUGACCGUGUCAAUACUGGCCUUGUGGAACUCGAGAAGAAGAUCACGGGACUUCAGGAAGGCAACGGCCGCGGAGGAACUGCUAGUGCCGAAGAUUUCGUUAGGAUUGUCAAACCGGAGAUAGACGACGCCAAGAAGAGGUUCGACGCUCUAGAACUGGCUGUCCGAGUGUUAGACAGCCAAUGGACAAACCUCAGCUCGAAACAGAUGGCCGAGAGGAUUCUUCAGCACUUAAAUCCAUACGGACAGCAAACCGAAGCACGAAUUACCGGCGUUGAGAACGAGAUGGCACAAUUGAGGAGCGUGCUUUUAAGUCUCGAGCAAAAAAUUCUUAUAAUAUCGAAGGAUAUAAAACUGAUUGACAUUGUAAAGGUUUCUCCACUAGAUGGGAAACGAACCGCUUCCUCCGAGUCACCUUCUGAAGAGCUCAUAUCCAAGAGACGGAAGCUUGGCUCGAACAAUCAGUUCGCCCCUCAGCAGAAUCGUAGCACCAGCAAUAGUCUGUGAUUACUGCUCGAUUGUAGCGUGCCCUUUUGGCAGCUACGUCUCUCAGCUUGUGGGGUUUGGAAGUGGAGAUUUCGCCGAGGACCGGCGGGAAGUGGCUGGAAUGGCGUCGGAAUUUAAAUUCCGUUCAUGCUUCUGAUCCGGCAUUAAUAUCGAUAAGGACAGUAAUAUACCUCUGGAUGUCCGGGUCGUCGCAUUAGACAUGGAUCGCAGAAUACCCCUUUGACGCGGUGU